AUGACCCUUAGCCUCAAUUUCCUCGUUGAAGAGUUUGGAGGAGAUGGUAUUAAGGUAACCUGCUACGCGGUGGCAUGCACAGAAACAGCAAGAAUUGCCCAACUGGUGGCUUGCCAGAGGAGUUCUAAAAGGAAAGUAGGACGGCAAGUUAAUUGCCAGAUGAGAGUGAAGAAAACCAUGCCAUUUUUUCUAGAAGGAAAACCAAAAGCUACCCUCCGACAACCAGGAUUUUCUUCAGAUUUUCCCAUCAACAAGAAGCCCACUCCAGCACUGUUAAGAGAGAAAGGAAGCUCUCCUGGGCUUAUACCUGGUGCUCAAAUGCCCCCUUACACAUUACACAUGACUCUUGGAAGUGAAGAUUCCAAAAAUGUUCCAGCACAGAGACACUCAACCCUGCCUGCCAACAACAGGUUCAGUCCAAAGACAUCUCUUCCACCAGCUUUUCAGAUGCAUCUACCAAGAACCUGUGCUAAGGAAAUGAGCGAUAAUUUAAAUCAGACUGUUGAAAAACCAAAUGCCACAUCUCCUGCCUCCUGCACUUACAAAAUGGACGAGGUUCAAAAUCGCAUAAAGGAAAUCCUGAACAAGCACAGCAAUGGCAUCUGGAUGUCUAAGCUCCCGCACUUCUACAAGGAGCUGUACAAAGAAGAACUGAACCGAGGAGUCCUGCAGCAGUUUGAGCACUGGCCUCAUGUUUGCACGGUGGAGAAACCAUGUGGCGGUGGUCAAGAUUUACUUCUUUAUCCAGCUAAGAGAACAGAGCUUUUGAGAAGUGAAGUGGACGACAAGAAGGCACCUCCAUCCUCGCCACCUGCUCCAAAGCAGAUGCCAGUGUUAGCAGAACGCCCGGCGGCCACGCCAGGAGACUUUAAAGAGAAAGUCGCAGAGCUGCUGGAGAAAUACACAAGUGGGCUUUGGGCCAGCGCACUCCCCAAAGCGUUUGAGGACACAUACAAAGUGAAGUUCCCUGAGGAUGCCUUGAAAAAUCUUGCCUCGCUGUCUGAUGUAUGCACCAUAGACUACAUCUCUGGCAACCCUCAGAAGGCCAUUCUCUACGCUAAACUCCCCCUGCCCGCUGACAAAGCCCUCAGUGAUGCCGUGCAGGCCCAGGGGGACUACGAUAUCAAGUGUAUGGUUGAGCAGGAGUAUUUGCAGAUAGAGGAAAACAUGGCUGAAAGUGCUGACGUCAUCAUGGAGGAUGUAACCGUCCCUCUUUUAGUUGUUCCGACCGAGGCUUCCCCAUCUGUACUGGUGGUUGAACUGAGCAACACAAACGAAGUGGUUAUCAGGUAUGUGGGUGAAGAUUACUCUGCCGCCCAGGAGCUGAUGGAAGAGGAAAUGAAGGAGUACUACAGUAAGAGCCCUAAGGGGGCCCCUGUCCAGGUCGUGCACGUGGGGCAGUUGCUGGCGGUAAAUGCCGAGGAGGAUGCUUGGUUGCGUGCACAGAUCGUCUCAGCAGAAGACAACAAGAUCAAGGUGUGCUAUGUCGACUAUGGUUUUAGUGAAAAUAUUAAAAAGAACAAAGCGUACAAACUGAGUCCCAAGUUCUGUUCACUUCCCUUCCAAGCCACCAAGUGCAGGCUGGCAGGAUUGGAAGUUCUAAGUGAUGAUCCUGAUUUAGUGAAGGUGGUUGAAUCUUUAACUUGUGGAAAAAUCUUUGCGGUGGAAAUACUCGACAAAGCUGACAUUCCACUUGUUGUUCUGUACGAUACCUCAGGAGAAGACGAUGUCAAUGUCAAUGCCACCUGCUUAAAGGCCAUAUAUGACAAGUCCCUGGGAGUUCACCUUCAGGUCGAUGCCAUGUACACAGGUGUCAAAGUCACCAACAUUUGCUCUGAUGGGACCCUCUACUGCCAGGUGCCUUGUAAGGGACUGAACAAACUCAAAGACCUUCUGCACAGGAUAGAGGACUACUUCCACUGUAAGCAUAUGACCUCCGAGUACUUCAUCUCAUUACCGUUCUGUGGGAAGAUCUGCCUCUUCCAUUUCAAGGGAAAGUGGUCACGAGUAGAGGUCACAAACGUUCACAGUAGCCGUGCUCUAGACGUUCAGUUCCUCGAUUCUGGCACCGUGACGUCUGUAAAGGUGUCAGAGCUCCGGGAAAUUCCACCACGGUUCCUGCGAGAGAUGAUUGCCAUACCACCUCAGGCUAUCAAGUGCUGUCUGGCAGACCUUCCGCAGUCCGUUGGCGUGUGGACGCCAGACGCCGUGCUCUGGCUGAGAGACUCUGUUUUGAAUUGCUCUGACUGUAGCAUUAAGGUCACAAAAGUGGAUGAAACCAAAGGCAUUGUACAUAUUUAUUUAUUUACUCCUAAGAACUUCCCCGACCCUCACCGCAGUGUUAAUCGCCAGAUAAUGAAUGCAGACCUGUGGAAGCACCAAAAGGAUGUGUUUCUGAGCGCCACGUGCAGUGGAGCGGGCUCUCCCAACAGCAAAGGCAGCACCCCUGUGCCGGGCAGCACCCCUGUGCCGGGCAGCACCGCAGACAGUUUCAGAAAGAGCCUCAGUGGUGCCAUGAGAAGAUCUGUGGUGGCCUACCCCAGCUCGCUCUCUGCGGAGGAACUGCCACCUCCUGCCCACUUGUCCAAACCAGGGGAACACAUGGAUGUGUAUGUGCCUGUGGCCUGUCACCCAGGCUACUUUGUCAUCCAGCCUUGGCAGGAGAUCCACAAGCUGGAAGUUCUGAUGGAAGAGAUGAUCCUCUAUUACAGUGUGUCUGAAGAGCGCCACGUAGCCCUGGAAAAGGACCAAGUGUAUGCUGCAAAAGUGGAAAAUAAGUGGCACAGGGUGCUUUUGAAAGGGAUCCUGACCAACGGACUGGUAUCCGUGUAUGAGCUGGACUAUGGCAAACACGAGUUAGUCAGCAUAAGGAAGGUGCGGCCCCUGGUGGACAUGUUCCGAAAGCUGCCCUUCCAGGCAGUCACAGCUCAGCUGGCAGGUGUGAGGUGCAGCCAGUGGUCAGAGGAGGCAUCCAUGGUGUUCCGAAAUCAUGUGGAGAAGAAGCCUCUGGUGGCGCUUGUGCAGACGGUCAUCGAGAACGCUAACCCUUGGGACCGGAGAGUGGUGGUCUACUUAGUGGACACAUCGCUGCCCGACACGGACAUCUGGAUUCACGACUUCAUGUCUGAGUACCUGGUGGAGCUUUCAAGAGUUGACUAA